UUUCGCUCCUUUGCCCCGGGCGGGGGGCGGGGAACGCUUCCCUGGACCCCCGAAGGGUCGAUUUUUUUUUUUUAAGGGCGAUUCUCGAGGAUCUCAGCUCCCGGAGGACUUCCCCCCCUUCACCGCCCCCCCUUCCCCCUACUCCACCUUCGGGACUCGAUUUCAUUUUUUAUUAUUUUUUUUUAAUCUCGGUGAUCUGGUUACAGUCGGGGUCUCUUUUGUUUUUGUUUUUAUUUCUUUUUUUUUAAUUUUUUUUUUUGUUGUUGUGUUGUGUGUGGAAAUGGCGAACUCGGCAAAUACAAACCCCGUGCCCAAAUUAUAUAGAUCUGUGAUGGAAGAUGUCCUCAAUGAUGUCAGAGAAGUUUUUCUGGAUGAUGGAGUAGAUGAACAAGUCCUUAUGGAAUUAAAAACAUUAUGGGAGAAUAAACUGAUGCAGUCUAAAGCAGUGGAUGGAUUUCAUUCAGAAGAACAAUAUUUGAUACAAGUGCAGCAGCAACAGCAACAGCAGCAACAACAACAGCAACAUCACCAUCACCACCACCAUCAGCAAGCACAACCCCAACAGACUGUACAACAGCAAUCUCAAACGCAACAGGUCCUUAUUCCUGCAUCACAGCAAGCAGCACCACCUCAAGUUAUUGUACCAGAGUCUAAGUUGUUACAACAUAUGAAUCCGUCAAGUAUGAGUGCUGCUGCCACUGCUGCUACCUUGGCACUGCCUGCUGGUGUUACUCCUGUUCAGCAGAUAAUAACUAAUUCAGGUAAUUCAGGCCAGAUUCUACAGGUAGUCAGGACUGCCAGUGGUGCCCAGUACAUCCUUCAGCCACAGCAGUCGGUGGUUUUGCAGCAGCAGGUUAUACCACAGAUGCAACCUGGGGGAGUACAAGCUCCUGUUAUACAACAGGUUUUGGCUCCUAUCCCUGGAGGGAUACCACCACCAACAGGUGUCAUCAUACAGCCUCAGCAGAUCUUAUUUACAGGAAACAAGACACAAGUCAUACCUACCACAGUGGCAGCUCCCACUGCAGCACAAGCACAGAUCACAGCAACUGGCCAGCAGCAACCACAGCAGCAGCCUACCCAACCACAAGCUCCUUUGGUGCUACAAGUAGAUGGGGCUGGGGACACCUCAUCUGAAGAAGAUGAAGAUGAAGAGGAAGAUUAUGAUGAUGAAGAAGAAGACGAUAAAGAGAAAGAUGGAGGAGAAGAUGGACAAGUUGAAGAGGAACCCCUGAAUAGUGAGGAUGACGUGAGUGAUGAAGAAGGACAGGAACUGUUUGAUACAGAGAAUGUUGUUGUGUGCCAAUAUGAUAAGAUCCACAGAAGUAAAAACAAGUGGAAGUUUCACCUCAAAGAUGGCAUUAUGAAUCUUAAUGGAAGAGAUUAUGUAUUUUCCAAAGCCAUUGGAGAUGCUGAAUGGUGAAGAAUUGCCUUUUUUAAAAAAAUAAAAAAAAUUAAAAAAAAAAACCAAAAAUAUUCUUAAAGCUGGACUGGUUGAAAACUUAGGACAUAUACUUCAACCAAAAUUUACUUCUGCAUGUCAGAAAAGUAUGGUAGAAGCAAAGCUACUGGAACAAAGAUUGACCAUGACACCGUAGACACUACUUCAGACUGGCAAGUCAUGGAACUGUAGCACCUGGCAUUGUUGGGAGCUGAAUUUUUGUUAGGAACACCAUAAUUAUCACUUCAACAUACAGGUACCUACAGCCAGUAAUUAGCAUGUAAGGCUUUGUUGCCAUCUUUCUCCCUCUAACUUGUUAAAUCAGAAAAUGUUUCUCGGAACAAAUUGAAGGAACUCUUCCCUUUUGAUAGAAUGAUCUGGAACUUCAUGUGUGUGGUCAUUAUAUUGAUUAAAUUUGUGUGGGGGCUUUUUACAAAAGGGAAAGAAUUAUGGUGUUGAACUAAAAUUCUCUUGUAUAAGGAAAAGAUUUAAAAUUCUAUUUGAUAGGUCUUAAGUAAUUUUACUUGCCAUUCUCCCUCAAUGAUAUUCCUUCUAUAUCCCUACCCAUUCCUUUUCUCAACAUCUGUUUAAUAGAGAAAAGAAUAUAAUCAGUGAUAAUAUUCAUAGGAUCAUACACUUAGAGCUAGAAGGGACGUUAGAGGUCAUCUUACCAGAACCUUAUUUUAUAGAUGCUGGAAUUUGAACCCAGGUCCUUUGCUGGAUUUGGACUCACUCUUAUUGUUAUACCACAUUGCUUCCCAAUUAGAUUACUUUUUGGAGACCACAUCUUUAUUUGACCUAAAACUUUAUAUGCGUACAUAUAUAUCCUCUUAAAAUUAAGUUUUUAAAAUCUGUUCAGUAUAAUUCAAAAACAUUUCACAGGAAUUGAGAGGAAAUAAUAGUGGUAAGUUUAAUUUCCUUAGGGAGGGCCUGUCUCCCUUUCCUCAUCCUUUUUCCCCUUUUAAAGCCAAAUUGGCUCCUCAGGAAUAGUUUUACUUCAAAGGGUACCAUCUGAUUGAAGUUGUAUAUACAUGAUGUGCAAAUACAUUGAUUUAUUCCUAUAAUUAGGCUGAAAUUUGUCUUGGUGAACUUAAUCUCCAAGCUUUUUAGAUAUCCAGUGCAUUUAUUGUAAUUGAGGAUGGGGACACUGAUUUUAUUAAACAACUUAGUUAUUAUAAAAAAGAUUCUUGUGCUUAUUGGGAAAGAAUAGCAAAAUUUGGUAAAAAUCUAAUUGUCAAAGUUAAGGUAACAAGUUUUUUUGACAAGUGACUUUUAGGUAAAACCUUUUUUGCUUAAGUGUUAAUGUCCUUCUUGUUUACAUGAUGGCCCUACUUUUAAAACCAGGUGAUGGGAAAUGUAAACAACCACUCCAGUUUGUUCAGCAGGAAGGAAGGCAGUGGUAUGUGGGGUUAGAUUAGCAGUCACAAUUCAGUGUCCCAUCAGAGACUCAAAAACAGUGUAGCUGUAGCAUUGUAAUGUUACUGUGUCAGCUACGUAGGAGAGAAUCAGUUAAUAUCAUUAGCAAACUGAAAGGACGUUUUCUUCGUCUCUGUUCGUUUUGGAUAAUUAAAAUUUUGUCAUGGUUUUGGUUAACAAA